GGGACCUCUUUAACUUUGAAAUUCAGAUAUUUUAAUAAUCUACAUAAAUGAAACGGAAAUUGUAUAAUUCUAAAGUGAAGCGGUGCAUUGUUUUCAUAGCUUGGCUAUUAAGCUCCGUGGAGUUCAGUGAAUCGCAAAGUUGUGUAGAUUCUAGUCAACGAAGUGGCCGAUGUGUGUAUAUGAAUUCGUGUCCACAACUGGUUCAGGAUUACUAUGAUGCUGCGAGGUUUUCCCCAAAUUUUCCGGAUUUUCAAAGUUUUGUGAGCGGUUCAAUGUGUGGAUUUGAUGGCAUCAAUUUUAUGAUCUGCUGUGUUUCCAUCCGGAAUAAUCAACCUCCAGCUAAUCCGUACGCUGCCACAUUUAAAUUUUCUUCAUUAAAUUCAAGUCCAAAUGUACAGGCACCAACGCUUGCGCUGCCAACAGCAGCUACGUCGCCCAUAAUACCAUCGUUUUUGCCGCCUAUCAAUAUGCCAGAAAGUCCAAAACCAUCCGCAAGUCCGACUAAUCCACCGCUAUUACCGUCCUAUAGUCCAAGUAUAAGUUCCACCACCACAACAAUACAAGUACUACCCACACGCUUGCCACCGAACAGAAGAGGCGGUGAGUGCGGCUUGAGCUCGGCUUAUACGAAUAAAGUUGUGGGUGGCACGGAAGCGAGACGAGAUGCAUAUCCAUGGAUUGUCGCUUUGGGCUAUCGCGAUGAGUUUAAAGCGGAUACAUUGAAAUACCUCUGUGGCGGCAGUUUAAUAUCGAACCGUUAUAUAUUAACAUCGGCUCAUUGUAUUAAUCCUUUAUUGAUCACAGCACGUCUCGGUGCACACGAUCUGAGCGAUGUCAAUGAGGCGGGCGCGGUAAACAUACCAAUCGAACGUAAAAUCAUACAUGAACAAUAUGACUCGCGUUAUGUAAUUAAUGAUAUUGGUUUGGUGCGGUUAAGCGCUCCAGCUCCAGACACCGCUUAUAUAAGCAGCAUUUGCCUACCCGAAGGUGAUUUAUUCGCGCAGGAUUUCGUCGGAAACAAUCCGUUCGUCGCAGGUUGGGGUGCAGUGAAGUUUCAAGGACCCAGUUCCAAUGUUUUGCGCGACGUGCAGGUGCCAAUUGUCAGUCAACAGACUUGCGAACAGUCUUAUAAAGCAGUUUUUCAAAAUUUAAUAUUCACAGAUCGGUUUAUCUGCGCUGGCAAUUCUCAUGUUGAUGCUUGUCAAGGGGAUUCCGGGGGACCUUUAAUGAUGCCGAUGCUGGAAAAUGGCGCUUAUCAUUAUUACAUACUGGGUUUGGUUUCCUAUGGCUAUGAAUGUGCUCGGCCCGGAUUUCCUGGUGUUUAUACACGUGUGGCUUCCUACAUACCAUGGAUACUCAAUCAUAUGGUAAAUAAAUCAAAAAAAAUGUUAACCAUUAAAUGUUCAGUUGCAUUGCUGCUUACCGUUUUUAUCUGUGAAAUAACGGCACAUCGUUGGAUGUCGUAUGAAGCACCAACAAAUAAUGCUUGUCGCACCCCACUCGGCGACUGGGGUAUGUGUGUCUCAUUGAAGUACUGUCAGGAGGUGUUGAGACUCUAUGAACAACUGAACAUGAAUCAAGCGACACGGUACUCUAAGGCUUUGCGUAAUAUUUGCUUUAAUCGCUUAACUCCUGACAAUUAUCCGAUCCUCUGCUGCACUCGCCCGACCUUCGAAGACGCAAAUCAGAACGAUAAUCAAAUACUUCCUACUACGCCCGUGCCCACGUCAGCAAACCAGACAACAACCACAACCACAACCACAUCCACAACAACAACAUCAACAGUCUCGCCAGAUACCAGCGGUGAUGAUCGUUCCGUGUCGGAUGGCGUCAACUCACCACCGGAAACCUGCCGCGUUCCACACGAUGGCAGUGAGGGGAGCUGCAAGCCUUUAGAAAAUUGCGACGUUUUGCUGCAACGCGCCAAACAGAAUCCCACCAAUACCGAUUUCCGCAAACAAUUGGAACUCUCCAAUGCUAUCUGCUAUAGCAUCGGCACGAAUGUUUGCUGUCCGUUAGUGCAGCGAAAAGCAUUGACGCGUUCGAAUGACGCUACAUGGCAUUUGCCGUCGGAAGAUGAAGGUUGUGGACUAACGCAUCAAUCAUCGCUGAAAGUGGUGGGUGGUGGUGAUAGCCAUAUAGGCGCUUGGCCGUGGAUGGUCCUAAUCGGGUAUGACCGUUAUAGUUUGUCACCCUUUCGUUGCGGUGGUUCGUUGAUAACAGCGCGCCAUGUGCUGACCGCAGCUCAUUGCAUUUUGAGGGAUUUAUCAUUCGUACGUUUAGGCGAACAUGAUUUGAGCACCGAAACGGAAACGAAACACGUAGACAUCGAUGUCGUAAAGUCAGUACGACAUCCCAAUUUCGGAGCACAAGAUCGACGCUACGACAUUGCAGUACUAUAUUUAGAAAAAAAUGUAGAGUUCACAGAUUACAUAUGCCCCAUUUGUUUGCCCAGCUCUCCGCAACUACGUAGUAAAUCAUAUGUGGGUUAUCAUCCCUUCGUUGCCGGUUGGGGACGUUUGAUGGAAGGUGGACGUUCAUCAAAUAUUUUACAAGAACUACAAAUUGAGGUUAUGGAUAAUUCGGUAUGCCGACAAGCCUACCAGGCCAACAAUCGACUUGUCUCCAAUCAACAGUUCGACAAUACGAUAGUGUGUGCCGGCGAUUUGGGUGGCGGACGUGAUACGUGUGGCGGUGAUUCCGGUGGACCGCUAAUGGUGGCAGAGCCAUAUAAAGGUGUGACCCGCUUCUAUGCACUCGGUGUGGUUUCGUAUGGCAUUGGUUGUGGGCGCAUUGGUGUGCCGGGUGUCUAUACGAAUACCCAAAGCUUUUUAGACUGGAUAUUGGAACGUUUAGCGGAGACGUGAGCACCGCAUACAAAGAAGGGCUUUACAUUUA